UAUGACUGUUAAGCGCGGGAAGUUGCAAGUUCAGUGACUUUUGUUGUUGCCUCGGGUAGAGACUGGGAGGGUGUAUCAAUGGCGGGCCGACGAGGGGCUUUGAUUGUCCUGGAGGGCGUUGACCGAGCAGGCAAAAGCACACAGAGCCGAAGGCUCGUGGAGGCUCUCUGGGCAGCAGGGCACCAGGCCGAACUUCUCAGGUUUCCCGAAAGGUCAACAGAAACUGGACAGCUAAUAAGUUCUUACUUGGAAAAGAAAAAUAACUUGGAGGACCACACGGUGCAUCUACUGUUUUCUGCGAAUCGUUGGGAGCAAGUGCCAUCUAUUAAAGAAAAAUUAAGCCAAGGUGUCACUCUGAUAGUGGACAGAUAUGCCUUUUCUGGAGUAGCCUUCACAGGUGCAAAAGAAAACUUCUCUUUGGAAUGGUGCAAGCAACCUGAUGUGGGGCUUCCAAAGCCAGAUUUGAUCCUUUUUCUUCAAUUGAGUACAUCGGAAGCAGCCAAACGAGGAGAAUUUGGAAAUGAACGCUAUGAGAACACGUCUUUUCAGGAGAAAGUUCUCCAGUGUUUUUACCAUCUGAUAAAAGAUAAAUCUUUAAACUGGAAGGUGCCUUACGGAUUUCAUCGUUUCAAGCGGGAAUUUGGGAGAAUUCCCCAGUGAUCAUGUGGGCAGUUAUGUUCACUGGCAAUAGGGGAUGAUGCAGACACCUGCUGAGACCAGCCUCCUUCUAUUGGCAGAUGGCUUCCUAGUGGACUGAGGAGCUCCUUGUAAGCGACGAGGCCAAAGUAAUGUCUGGAGGGGGUGAAGAGGAAUUUAUUUUCCUCUUUGAGUGUGUUGGUGGGCUGUUGGCCAGUGCUCUUGUUUAAGGUAACCAGCUCUCUUCUUGGGAGGUGGUGGAAAGUAAUUUCCCACCCAGCUACUAGGACCAGUUUGCAUAGUACAUUACACAUAAAGUUAUACAUUAAAAUUUCAAUUUCUUAUCUUUUAAACAUUUUCCCCUAAUUUCUUAUCUCUUCAUGAAUGGGUGGAGUUCUUGUGGCUUAGAUGCCCACCCCAUUCCUGGUUCUUCUACAGAUUGCACUUCACUUCAAGAGGCAACUGAAAGAAACUCCUGUGUCCCCUCCUUAAUACGCCUCCAUAGAUUCAACCAUUUUUGACAACUCUCACCCUGACUCCAAAAAGGAAAGAUUUAUUAGAGGGCAAUUAUACAGCACCCUCCAAGAGGAUGAUUAUCUGGAUCCUUUGAAGACAUGGGACAAAACCAGCAUUGAUUUCUUACAUAAACAAAUAAUUCCAUGGUAAAUCUUAGAUUUUGUUUACCAGAUGCUUCAAGAUAACAGAAGUACUUUUAUUUGUACAUUUCCCAUAUUUUAUAACUUUUAAAAAACAAAUAUUCAAUGGAUAUCUCUGAAGGAGGUAAAACAUUGUCAAUAUCAAAUAAAGCCCACUGAUUCAUCUAUCCUAUAAUAGUAAAAUGAUUGCCUAAUGAUUAGGCAAUCCAGAAAAGCUGUAACCUCUAAAAAAGAUAUCUAACAGAGCUAACAUAUGAUGACAUUGACAAAAGGUAUCUUGACAAGAUUGCUAGUCUUUUAAAACUAACUCAUUUUACCCUAACUCUUCCAAAUGCGUUCAUUUUUAUUAUUAUUUUUUAAAAAAUCAGUUGUCGUCCUAGUUCUGACCAUUUUUGUGUUGUUUUUUUUACAAAAAAACUACAUACAAACCUUCUUGAUUUGCUGGCACCAGUCACUGAAGUCUUCUUCUUUCUUGCAGAAGAAUCCCUAUAAUGACAAUAUUUUUAUUAUUCUAAAACAGAUUUAAAUUAAGAAGACCCCUAUUAGAUAAGUCAUGAAUCCUUCUCCAGCAUUCAGUAUUACAGAGUGGCCAAUAGAUGUACUUGGAAAGCUCACAAGCUUGUACUUGGUGGGCAAUAUGAAUUCCCGGUAAUUAGUAUUUAAGACAAGCUGCCUAUGAUUCCAUCAACAUUAGUAGGCACUGAUAGCCUGAUUGUCCAUCAACUUGACAAGUUUCCUCUAAAACCACCCCAGUGUUUUGCCAUUAUAUUUACAGGGAGAACAUUCUAUAUUUAAUUAGAUUCUAUAUGAAAUUAUGUCUCUCCUGAAUCGCCCUACAUUAAAUUUCAAUGGAUGAUCUUUACUUGUAAUAUUGUAAUAUAAUGUAAAGAAUAUGGCAUCUGACCAUUCACUUGUCUAGAUUUAUCUAGGAUACAUGUCUCUUUUCUGUUACCUGUAAUCUAAAAGCCGCAACUAUUGUAAUCUGGAAAUAAUUAUUUCUCAUGCUUCAAAACAGGAAUAUAUUUAAUUUUAUGAUGAACAGGGAGAGCACAACAGAAUACGUUCAUAAAGAGGAAUCAGUAGCUAA